AACUAAAAUGUGGACACAACUCUGAUUUCAAACUUGCAAAAUAUGCAGAGAGAAACAAACCAUAUAUGAGACAUCACCUAUGCCUAUUACUUUAGUAUGGGAAAAAAUGUUCAUAUCUGGCAAUACAAUUGCAUAAACAAGUCCGGCAAAGUAAAGUCCCAUUUCUCAUCUCAGAGAAACCCAAUUUCCCUAUCUCUACACCUUAGCAUCCUCCACUCUUUGUCCAUCCAGUCUUCACAAAAUAAUGAGGAAUUCAAUCUCUCCAAUCUCCAUCUUUCUUCUUCUUGUUGUUCUUUUCCCCAUUUUCCCUCCAUUAACCCGAUGCUCCAUCCUUCCAUUGAAUGAAAGUGACAAUUUGAUAGAGGAAAUAUGCAAGCAAACACCCCACUAUGACCUUUGCCUCUCAUAUCUGCAGUCCAACCCUCAAAGCUCAAAUGCAGAUGCCAAAGGUCUAGCCCAAAUCAUGGGCGAUAUCCUCUUGGCAUGUGCAACGGAGGAACUGAAUUACAUCGAGGGACUGAUUAAGCAGGCCCCAGAACCAGAGCUAGAGCGAUCCUUGGCUUACUGUGCAGAACUAUACAUCCAAGUUGUGAAGUAUACUCUCCCACAAGCACUAGAUGCUUUGAGUAAAGGUGAGUACAAGUUCGCCAACUAUGGCAUUGCCGAUGCUGGCAAGGAGGCCCAAACAUGCGAGAAGAAGUUCUCCGGUUCAACCGAUUCACCGGUGACUGAUCGGAACAAUCUUGUUGAGAAUCUCUCUGAAGUGGCCAAAGCCAUUAUCAAUGUAUUGUUGAAGGGUUAGUUUAUUCUCUUUCUUCAUUUAUGAUAGUGCUUAAUUGUCGUGUAAUGGGGAAUCUCUGCAAUAAUUGUUCAGAGCCUUUUGUCAGAUUUUUAUCUGUUUUGUCUAGAUGAAUGUACCUGGAGCAGCAGUUUCAACCCUAAA